CAUGCUAGAUUUGCCUACGAUCGCAGUGUUCUAGAAGUUGUACUACGAUCCUGGAUCUGUCGGCUGCGUUACCUUUUUCUCUUUCACGUGUGUACAGUAGCGCAAGAAUGAUCACGCACGCAAAAGUGCGGUAUGAGGAUGAUCGAAAACUUGCGGUUGUGGACAUUCGAGACAUAGAAAACUUCCAUCCCGAGAACGCGAAGGAUUUCAAAUCGAAGUUCUUUUAUUCGGUGAAAUGGACCGAUCCGGACGGGACCUCGGACUUUUACCGGGCUCGGAUUCUAGCUCUGGGAGAAUCAGAAGAAGACCUGGAGGCGGAGGGAAGAGGCCGGCAGAGGCUUAGAUUUGAAAGAAUGGCAUAUUCGCCUGACGGCGAAGAUGAAGACGAUGAUGUCGAGCCAGAGCGUCCUGCAAAAAAGCCCUCUGGCCCAAAGCAGGAGCUAUUGGACAUGUUAAAAAAAAAAACUGACGACAUCCAGCAAAGGGAAGAAGCUGCUUUAAAGAAGCAGAAAAAGAGGCCAACAUAUGACGAUAGGGGUGGCCUAGUCACUGAGCUGAAGUACAAGGUACAGAGACUUGAAGGCCUUGUGGAAAGAAAGUGCAAAAAAAUUGAGGAACUGCGAAACAAAAACGAAGAGUUGGAGCAGGAGGCCAUGAAGCUGAGGCAGCUGAACAUGAGGCUGCAGGAAAAAAUGCUGACAGCCAUAGAUGAAGGCACAGGCUACAGUAGAGCUUCGUGCUCCACUAAGAGCGGACCAGACCACUCGACGAGGGAAGUGGAUAUUGACAGCAUGGACGUGAUUCCUAGGGAGAAAACACCGCCACAGGAUGAUUACGCAAGAAAAGAGAAUGCCAUGGUGGACAUUGGCGGUGGCCUUCAAAUAAAUUCUAGCGCAUGGCACCACAUUCAGGGCCAUCAAAAGGAUUCCCUUUUCGUUAAGGACCUCCUCCUGGGAAUUUGGCCCAAGGACCAGCUGAAAAACCGCUCUUUGCAAGGGAAGCGGUGUCCACGAUUUCCCGAUCGGCCUGCAAAGGCUCCACUGACACCUUGGAAAGUGGAAGUGAUGCGUGACUGUUACAGACGGAGACUGCAGCGCCAGGGGAUUCCCGAAACCCUUAUGCCUGCUGCACUCAAGCAGCUGAACCAUUUCGUGGUUGAGAAGCUGGCAGACCUUGAGAGGCUGGCAAAACGGUGAGGUGCUGUUAUAAAUGUGUUUUGACUAAUUUCAGGGAGGUUCUUUGUAUGUAGUUUUUAAAUGACAUGCAGCCUGGUAAAGAAAGUGUUUAAAGCAUCAUACUGACUAAAUGCCAUGCCAGUGCAUUUGCUUACAUCUAUGCAAAGUAUCAUGUGGAGAAAGCUAGUCUUGAGCUUGCAGCACAUCAAGUUAACACUGUUUACUCAAAUCUGAGCCAGCCCAGAUUCUAGGCUGACCCCCUAAUGUUUGAAGCCAGAAAAAACAAAAAUGUUACCUCAAAUGUAGGCUGAGCAGGAAAAAGAAAUGUUACAGUGUGCACGAAACUCGUACAGAAUAUACAGUCAAACACAGAUAUAUUGGGUGCGAGGUCCUCCACUAGAGACGUGAGCACUGCAGUCGUUAUGACGUGCAGGGUUGGAUCGCGUGAUUCACGUUGCUCUGGUGAAGGGAAGUGGACGGUUCAACGCGUUGCUUUUAACCACGAUUUCUGGUGUUUUCCGCUUUGAACAGCGUUGUUUUGUUCUCACUUCAUGUGUGCGGACACCUAGACUUCACAAUGCGGGAAAGUGCAGUCAAAGUUAUCGGCAGCAUGGUACUUUAUGCUGCUCCAUGCCACAGUGCGAGUCUAGCGUCAGCUUUCACUUUCACCGUUACCCUGCUUUGCAAGAGCGUGAUACCACUGUCACCUGACAUUCGUUUAUUGUUAUUUCGAGCUCAUGGGGUUCCUUGCUUAUAGAGGACGUCUGUACAAUGAGCCCAUCUAAUGUGGAAGUGCUAGACUAAUUGCAUAAAGAAAUUCCGAUAUAUAAUAUGUGAAACGGCUGCUGUUCAUGUUCAUUGUUCUACAUCUGUGCCUAGGCUCGCACAAUUUGUGCAACCUGCACGUCAACUGAAGGCUGAAUUAGCUAUAUUUGUUUCAAAACCGACUGUGGGUAUGUCGCCCGAGUGACCAAACCAAGCUAAUUUUCAGCCUUUGAGCCACUAAUAGUUGCGUGUGAACAUUGGCGUGCAGUGGUUGAGCUGCCUAUGCAGGUUGUUUUUCCUGCUUCAAAAGCCACUUCUAUCACUCCAUUAUAGCCACAGAGAACUUGUUCGUUUAUUAUGGUGUAACUACAACAUAAUUUACAUACUUUGUGUGGAAGUGUGUAGGAAUAGCUUUUUUUUCUUUUUUUUUCUUUUUUGCAGCAAGUCUCUCCACCAUCUGUUACAGCCAAGAACACAGAUACAUUCAUAGUGUGCUUCAAGGGCAGCACCACAAUAUCGUUGCAUCCUGUGUAUAUGUAACAUUAGUGACGUGAACUUGUAACUUUCAUGCACUUAUGUAUUUUUCAACACUUUCAGGGAAAAGGACACAGGAAAUUCCUAAGUGUGGCAAGGUGCAAGUUGAAGAAUAAGGAGUACCUGAUUUUUUGCUAGUCAUUAUAACUUUUACAAUGCUUUUAAAGUAAUAAAUUAUCGUAA